UUUAGCUCUUCCAGGAGGGUUGGAUGUCUGACUCCGCUGUAUUUAGACUGUUGCGCGUCCACUGCUGUCACAGAAUGUGUUUUCCUGUCACUGUCUUCUUGUGCAAUUCGCGCUGUCUCGGCUCGGCUCGGCUCGGCUCGGAUAGCUGAUCGUUUCGUGGAACACGGGUGGACAGAGGGGCUGAAGGUGUGAGUGGAAGCUGUGGAGGAAAUGAUUCCUUCAGCAGGAUGAACCGGAGGAAAGUUAGGGCCGUGUCGGUCCCGCGCUGUCUGCUGCUGCUGCUGCUGUGUGUCUCUGCAGAGGUCUCUGACCAGAGAAUCUUCACUGUUGUUACAGCUCCUCUCUCCUGUUCACAAGGCUUUGAAGAGCUGGGAUAUUAUAACGGCUCAGUUUUCCACACGGACUCGGGCUUCCCCUGCCUGAAGUGGACAGAUUUCCCAGAUUACAUACAGCAGUACCCGCAGCGAGGACUGGGAGAGCACAACUUCUGCCGAAACCCAGACGGAGAGGCCAACCCCUGGUGCUUCUUCAGGCAGAGCUCUGGUGCCAUCAGCUGGGCUCACUGUGACUGCCGGCAGGGUGCAGCCAGAUUAGUGGGAGGGUCAUCGAUCAACAAUGGGCGACUGGAGGUCUAUGUGAAUGGCCAGUGGGGGGCAGUAUGUGACACACACUGGACUGACCGUGAUGCCAGUGUCGUGUGCAGACAGCUUGGACUCAGUGAGAUCGGUACAGCUCUGCACGAAUCCUACUUUGGUCCUGGGUCAUUCUUCCAUUAUGAGCGUCUGGGUUGCCGUGGUAAUGAGAAUUCCUUAGUGCUGUGCCGGAGCCAGAAGUUUGUCACCAAUGACUGCAACCAUGGCAACGAGGCGGGGCUGGUUUGUGCUGAACCGGAAGGCGCUGGAAUCCCUCUGAGGCUGGUGGGUGGCCUGGAGGACUUCGAGGGUCAUGUGGAGGUGUACCACAAAGGCAGGUGGGGAACUAUCUGUGGUCACCACUGGGAUGACACUGAUGCUGAGGUGGUUUGUCGGCAGUUGGACCUGGGGGGUGUGGCUAAAGCUUGGUCAUUGCCUCACCAGGGAUUUGGUCCCAUCUUGCUAAAUGAGGUCCAGUGCACAGGAAAUGAACUGUCUCUGGACGAGUGUCCUCAUUACAACUGGGAACCACACAGCGGUGACCACAAGGAAGUGGCAGCUGUUUCCUGCAACCCAUACACAGAAGGUGCAGUGCGGCUGGUGGGGUCAUUAAAGCACUGGGAGGGUCGCGUGGAGAUUUACCACCAGGGACAAUGGGGCACUGUGUGUGACGACAACUGGACGGAGCUCAACACACAGGUAGUGUGUCGACAGCUGGGCUUCAGGAGCCAGACUGACGUGUCCCCUGACGCUGUGUAUGAAGAAGGUCGUGGGCUGAUCCUGCUGGAUGACGUCAGGUGUCAGGGAUCAGAGUCCACUCUACUGGCCUGCUCCCAUUCCCAGUGGGGCCACCAUGACUGCUCCCACAGCGAGGACGUGGUCGUUCGCUGUGAGAGAGAACGAGACGCCAGUGACAUGUCAGCCUCAGGCCCUCUGGUGCGUUUGGUUGGUGGAGAAAGCAGAAAGGAGGGGAGAGUGGAGGUCUUCAUCAACAACCAGUGGGGAAGUGUGUGUGACGACGGCUGGAAUGAUGUCAGCGCAGCUGUAGUUUGCAAACAGCUCGGGUUCACUGGCACAGCGAAAGCUCGAUCCAUGGCGUACUUUGGCGAGGGUCGAGGUCCGAUCCACCUGGACAACGUCCGCUGCUCUGGGAGGGAGGCGUCGUUAGAGCAGUGUGCAACAGUGGGACAGGACGGACAUGACUGUCGCCACAGUGAGGACGCGGGUGUCAUCUGUGACUACACGCUGGACCCUGUGGGGGACAUGUGGACACACACCUGUGGCAUGAGGCUCAAUAAUCAACGGCGGCGCCGGCGGAUUAUAGGAGGCGAUAAGGCGCUGAGGGGUCAGUGGCCCUGGCAGGUUUCUCUGUGGCUGAGGUCUCAGUCUAAAGGAAAUCAUCCUCUGUGUGGAGCCUCUCUCAUCAACGCCUGCUGGGUCGUCACCGCUGCCCACUGCUUCAAGAGAUUCGGCAGAGAUCCAUCGCACUAUGUGUUACGCCUGGGGGACUACCACACUGAGGAGCAGGAUGACUUUGAACGCACCUUGUCCCCUGAACGCAUCGUCGUCCACAGGAAGUAUCACAGUCAGGACUGGGAGUAUGACAUCGCCCUUGUGAGGCUCAAGGGUACAGAGGGCAACUGUGUGGCAUUCAACCCUCACACCGGUGCAGUGUGUCUGCCAGAGUCAGGCAACAAGUGGGAGAAGAGACCGGCCGCCUGUGUGAUCACGGGCUGGGGCAUCACAGACUCAGAGUACUCUCGGACUCUGCUCCAGGCCUGGGUGCCCCUGCUUCCGUCUUGGAGGUGCAAGAAACGAUACGCUCAUCGCUUCACGAGCCGCAUGCUGUGUGCCGGGAGCCUGUCGGAGCGCCACCGCGUGGACAGUUGCCAGGGCGACAGCGGCGGUCCGCUGGUUUGCCAGGGGGAGGGGGGCCGCUGGGUGCUGACGGGUAUCAUCUCCUGGGGUCACGGCUGUGGUAACCCCUCUUUCCCCGGGGUGUACACUCGUGUCAGCAGGUUCCUGAGGUGGAUUGACAAAGUCGUCAACAAACCCUUCACCAGCUAAUGAUGGAGUGAGUGACUGAACCGCUGCUCGCUGCCCGCGCUGUGCCUGCUCGACUCCUCAGACCAUGUGUCACAAAGACGUGUUACUAACACCAGAGUGUCACCAUCUCCAUUAUAAAUAGAAUAUGAUUCUAAACGACAUCACGAUCUUGACCUCCGAUUUGGCCACGCCUCCAGUGUAGGCGUACCAGAGGGAAAAAACAUAGUGUUGUAGCCAUUUUAGCACGACUCCACGUUACCUCAUCCCGCUAAACCCAACACUGCUGCCAACUCCUAGUAACCAUGGCAACUGCUGAUUUGGUGCUCCGGCUUCUCUGAAGUCACUGUUGGUUCCCUGUAUGUGUUUAGCACAGCACAGAACAUCUCUGUGUGACGUAACUAUGGCAACAACACCGCUUACCGUCCGUGUGUCUUGUGGUCAUUCGAUUUCCAAUUCACAAACGGUUAUUAUAAAAAUGUAAUUUUCCUUUUCAAAUACAAACAUUCAAAUUGAAUUACAAGGUUUUUGUCUUUGUCAGUGUCAGAAAGGGAUGGACUAACUUUAGUUAUAAUAACAAAAUUAAAAUCACUAGAAGACAGAAACGGUGCCUGUUUUUUCAUAUAGAGUGUAUAUAUUUGAGUCUGAUGGGACAUUUGGAGUUAGAGGUGCUGCUUUGAUGUGUGUGUGUGUGUGUGUUGCACAUGCACACACUCGCAUUGUGUAUUUUCAUGAUAAACAUAUCAGCCUGGAUGAUUUUGGAAUGUUGAUGAGGAUGAUGAAGGAGUACCUCGCCUCCUCCCGUAUGUUCAAUUUUAAUGUUUGUAUUUUAAAACCAAAAUUAAAUAACCACUCAUUUUGUGUUUUUAAAUAUCCGUUUGUGAGUUGAACAUCGAAUGACCUUAUUCAGUGGUGGAAAACCCUGGAUUUUCUUACCUUCAUAUUGUUAAUAAAUGAUUUAAAUUAAAUGAGUUAAAUGUUAAAUGAGUUAUCAUAACAUCAAACCAAUAAUCCGAGACUAAAAAAAAAUCUGCGCUAAAAGAGAGAAAAAAGGAGAUUCCUGAGAUGAAAGCACCGUUUUCUCUCUUUAAGACUUAAAGGACACUCUACAAGUGUGUGUGCGCAGUUUAAGUCUUCACCAUGUCAAAUGUCUUAAAGAUUCAUCUACCAUGUUACCUCCUGUACCAACUCCACCCUCUCCAACUGCUCGAAUGACUUAAAGUCAUUGUUGUCUUCAAAUUUCCUCAAACUAAACAGUGAUGAAAGAGAACUUUCUCAGGUCAGGUCAAGAGUCGGGGCGUCGUCCUCGACAGCACUCCAUCAUUCCAACCUCGUAUCAAUAAUAGAACUCGGUCCGCGUACGUCCAUCUUCACAAUAUUCACCCGUGCCUGUUCCCUCAGAUCCGUCUCCAUGUCUUCAUGUCACCGUCCCCUCCACCCGCCUCGUCACCAUGGAGAUCAGGGCUUUCCGCUGCUCUGGCACUCCUGACCACAUGACCUCUGGAAUAUUAAAAUCUCUCCUUUUUAAAGAAGCAUACAUCUUAUAACCACUGUCCCUCUGUGAAGUCUUGUCAUUGUCUUUGUAUUGUUUUAUAUAUAUCUUUUAUUGUAAUGUCCUAUCAUCUUAAUGUACAGUGUUUUAUUUCACAUGGACACACGUCAGUAAAACCUGAACUAUCCCUUUAGAAGAGGAGCCCUGUGUGAGAUAUUGCUCAUUUUAAACUGUAAAUUGUAUUUAUUACUUUGAAUACUGUAUCUCAUGCUUUGUUGUUGUGGAAUGUUCUGUUUUUUUAUUUGAAUUUUUCAGUGUUGACAUUCCAGUGUGAGGCCACAGACGUGAAAUGAUUGUUGCUGGAUGAUUUAUUAAAAGUGUAUGUUGUGUGUGUCUCAGCCUGAGGACGCAUACAAGAUCUAUAUAUGAUAAUACAGCAGAGAUCCAAGUGUGAUGAACUAUUUAUUGAGGAGGUAAGAGAUGCUUUUUCUGUACAAUAAACAAAUGUAUGUCACUGUGGA